AUGCCUGACAAACGAUUCCGAGACAACAACAGAAGACGGGACCGUAAGAAAAACGAGUCGUCUGGCAAACCAUUUCUACAAGCUCCCAUCAUUUUAGAUAGACGUGAACGUCCCGAGCAAACGGCCUACUCGCCCACAACAACCACAACAACCACUUCAAAUCCUGAUGUAGAUACACCACCUAGCGCUCAUCAGCCUAUCAAAGCGAAUUCGACAUCUAUAGAGGAUUCUAGUGCUACAUGCAUUCCAUUCUUGCGACGACCCAACAAGUUUAACGCAGACACAAUACUUAAACAUCUUACAGAUUACCCUGGCCAUUUUGUCAUUGGCAUCAUUGGGAAACAGGGCGUUGGCAAAUCAACUAUUCUAUCGCACUUUACACAAGAUACCAAACAUGCAUUUCCCAGCCAAGACAAUGCGCAAUUUCUGUAUCAAGGACACAAGACAGAAGGUAUCGACAUGUACAUUACACCCGAGAGAGCGAUUCUACUGGAUACAGAGCCUAUUCUCAGUUGGACGAUAUUAGACGAUGCGCUUCGACAUGGAUCUCUAGGAGGACUUCAUCCAGAUGUGUGGCUGGAGAUGGAGAGCUUAUACAGCAUUAUUUUUUUGAUGUCUGUGUGCAAUAGUGUGCUGGUGGUCAACGACAGCCCCGAGAUUGAUUUGGAUGUGUUGAAACUGAUACAACGAGCCGAGAUGCUCAAGUUCUGCAUACCCGAUUUUCCUCUGCUGGUGGGUCAACAAGACAUGCAUCACUACCCAGACAUUGUGUUUGUAUGCAACAAGUGUCAAAAGAACGAAUUCACCUAUAGAAAUUACAGUGCUCUCCAAGCGAUACUGACGUCGCUUUUCGAGACGUCUCAACUGAAAACUAGAGGGCUCGUGAGUCUGGGUGAUGUAUUGCCUCUGUAUAAAACAAAUCAAGAGAACGAGGCAAAUCUAUUUUUUCUACCACAGCAGGACGACAUUGAUUCAUUGCAGGAUCUCGUUUCUGCAUUGCGAGAUCAAGUGAUUGCAGGCCCACGAAGACCAGGCAAAAAAGGCCAGGUUUCCGAGAAGGAUUGGUUUAAAAAUGCCAUCAAGACUUUUGAAGUGGUGCGCAAAUCAGACUAUAUCAUGGAAUACCUACAAGUGGUGCGUAAGCUGAGGGAUACUUGA